AUGAGCUUCAGCCGCCUCUGUCGCCUGCUGAAGCCGGCGCUGCUGUGCGGGGCUUUCGCCGUGCCAGGCCUGGCCAGCACCAUGUGCGCGUCCCGAGACGACUGGCGCUGCGCCCGCUCCAUGCAUGAGUUCUCAGCCAAGGACAUCGACGGGCGGAUGGUGAGCCUGGACAAGUACCGGGGUUUCGUGUGCAUCGUCACCAACGUGGCCUCUCAAUGAGGCAAAACAGACGUAAACUAUACUCAGCUCGUCGACCUGCACGCCCGAUAUGCUGAGUGCGGUUUACGGAUCCUGGCCUUCCCCUGCAACCAGUUUGGGAGGCAGGAACCAGGGAGUAACGCCGAGAUUAAAGAGUUCGCUGCUGGCUAUAAUGUCAAAUUCGACAUGUACAGCAAGAUCUGUGUGAACGGGGACGACGCCCACCCACUGUGGAAGUGGAUGAAAGUCCAGCCCAAAGGGCGGGGCAUCCUGGGGAAUGCCAUCAAAUGGAACUUCACUAAGUUUCUAAUUGACAAGAACGGCUGUGUGGUGAAGCGGUAUGGUCCCAUGGAGGAGCCCCUGGUGAUCGAGAAGGACCUGCCCUGCUACCUCUAG